CCCCCCUGCUCCGAGGAACGCUCUCUCACCCCGCCAGGGUCCUCUGCCCCGCGGCCGCCAUGAUUCUCUCGCCCGCGAGCCUCGCCGUGCGGAUGCUGAACGUCCGGACGGGCUCCGCCCUCCUCCUCUGGCUUCUGGGGUCGGCCCUGCGGUCCCUGUCCAUCUCGGGACAGAAGCCCGAGGACAAGUACCCCGUGGUGCCCACCAAUUAUGGGAAGCUUCGCGGGAUCAAGAAAGACCUGAACAACGAGAUCCUCGGCCCGGUGGUGCAGUACCUGGGGAUCCCGUACGCCACGCCGCCUGUUGGGGAGAGACGCUUCCAGCCCCCCGAGGCGCCGGCUUCCUGGUCGGAGGUGCGCAACGCCACAGCCUUCGCCCCCGUCUGCCCGCAGAAUAUCCACGGGAUGCUGCCCGGCAUCAUGCUCCCGGUCUGGUUCACCGACAACCUGGAGGUUGUGGCGGGAUACGUCCAGAACCAGAGCGAGGACUGCCUGUACCUCAACAUCUAUGUGCCCAUGGAGGACGGUCCGCUCACGAAAAAGCGUGAGGAGGCGUCUGCUAACAAUCCCACUCCAGACGAAGACAUCCGGGACAGCGGGAAGAAGCCCGUGAUGCUGUUCCUCCAUGGCGGCUCCUACAUGGAGGGGACCGGGAACAUGUUCGACGGCAGCGUCUUGGCCGCCUAUGGCAACGUGAUCGUCGUCACCAUGAACUACCGGCUCGGCGUGCUGGGGUUCAUGAGCACCGGCGACCAGUCGGCCAAGGGAAACUACGGACUGCUGGACCAGAUCCAGGCCUUGCGGUGGCUUAACGAGAACAUCGGCCACUUUGGGGGCGACCCCGAGCGGAUCACCAUCUUCGGCUCGGGCGCAGGGGCCUCGUGCGUCAACCUCCUCAUCCUGUCUCACCACUCGGAAGGCCUGUUCCAGAAGGCCAUCGCUCAGAGCGGCACGGCGAUUUCCAGCUGGUCCGUCAACUACCAGCCCCUCAAGUACAUGCGCAUGCUGGCCUCCAAGGUGGGCUGCGACCACAUGGACACGGGCAGCACGGUGGAGUGCCUCCGGCGCAAGCCCUACCGCGAGCUGGUGGACCAGGACAUCCAGCCCGCGCGCUACCACAUCGCGUUCGGCCCCGUGGUGGACGGCGACGUGGUCCCGGACGACCCCGAGAUCCUGAUGCAGCAGGGCGAGUUCCUCAACUACGACAUCCUCAUCGGGGUCAACCAGGGCGAGGGGCUCAAGUUCGUGGAGGACUCCAUGGAGAACGAGGACGGCAUCUCGGCCAGCUACUUCGACUUCACCAUCUCCAACUUCGUGGACAACCUGUACGGCUACCCGGAGGGCAAGGACAUCCUGCGCGAGACCAUCAAGUUCAUGUACACCGACUGGGCCGACCGGGACAACGGCGAGAUGCGCCGCAAGACGCUGCUGGCCCUCUUCACCGACCACCAGUGGGUGGCGCCGGCCGUGGCCACCGCCAAGCUGCACGCCGAGUACCAGUCGCCCGUGUACUUCUACACCUUCUACCACCACUGCCAGACGGACACGCGGCCCGAGUGGGCCGACGCCGCGCACGGGGACGAGAUCCCCUACGUCUUCGGGGUGCCCAUGAUCGGUGCCACCGACCUCUUCCCCUGCAACUUCUCCAAGAACGACGUCAUGCUGAGCGCCGUGGUCAUGACCUACUGGACCAAUUUUGCCAAGACGGGGGACCCGAACCAGCCGGUGCCGCAGGACACGAAGUUCAUCCACACCAAGCCCAACCGCUUCGAGGAGGUGGUCUGGACCAAGUUCAGCACGAAGGACAAGCAGUACCUGCACAUCGGGCUGAAGCCGCGCGUGCGGGACAACUACCGCGCCAACAAGGUGGCCUUCUGGCUGGAGCUGGUGCCCCACCUGCACAACCUGCACGAGCCCCCCUACACCUCCACCACCACCCACGCCCCGCCCUACGUCACGCGCUGGUCCGGCACCCGCGUGGGCACCAGCACCACCCGCCGGCCGGCCGCCACGCUCCCGCCCGACGAGGACGAGGUGGUGCGCCCGCAGCGCUACGUGCCCUUCCCGGGCGACUCGCGGGACUACUCCACCGAGCUCAGCGUCACGGUGGCCGUGGGUGCCUCCCUGCUCUUCCUCAACAUCCUGGCCUUCGCCGCCCUCUACUACAAGCGGGACAAGCGGCACGAGCUGCGCGGCGGGCGGCGCCUGAGCCCCCAGCGCAGCGCGGCCAACGACCUGGCGCACGGCGGCCAGGAGGAGGAGAUCAUGUCGCUGCAGCUCAAGCACUCGGAGCACGAGCCCCAGGACCUGGAGCCGCUGCGGCCCCACGAGAUCCUGCGCCCCACCUGCCCCCCCGACUACACCCUGGCCCUGCGCCGGGCGCCCGACGACGUCCCCCUGAUGACGCCCAACACCAUCACCAUGAUCCCCAGCACCAUCACGGGGAUGCCGGCGCUGCACCCCUUCAACACCUUCCCCACCGGACACAACAACACCCUCCCGCACCCGCACUCCACCACCCGCGUAUAG